AUUAGAACGACCUGCUCUGAUACUGCACAGAUGCGCACAGAUACCUGAAUAUAUUUCCAUUAAUUAUUAUUGCGCUUAACGCGAGACAAGAGCAUACAGAAAUACAAAAGAGGAUGAGUAUUUCUGAAGCCUUAAAAAUUCAGGAUGAGUAUGAGGAUGACUUUGAGAAAGACCUGGACUGGCUUAUCAGUGAGGAGGGCAAGGGUGAAGAACAGGAUCCUGAUGAGAAUAACUAUGAAGCUCAAAUAGACAAAGAGCUUGAAGAAGAUGAUCUUAAAGAAGAUAGAAAGAAGAAUGUUUGCAAAGACAGGUAUUUGGAUGAUGAAGAAGGGGAGGAAAGGUGGCCAACACCUAUAGAGCUAUUAGACGGUGAGUUAGAUCCGGACAGGGACAACCUUGUAACCUCUCCACUGCCUGAAGACCUUGAUGAAGAGAAGAAAUACAUUUUGGAAAAGAUACAUGAGGCUAACAGACAACUGCAGGACCAGGAAGCUCCAGACCAAAGCCGUCGUAGACGUCUGCAGUUUAAAAACACUUUGGUGGACCUGGUGAUGCCUGAUACUGACCCUUAUGAGAGCAACAGCUCCCUCUCUAGGGUCUUAGAGGAAGAGCGAGAAGUGUCUGGACAAAUGCAGAGAUUGAAUAUCUCUUUGCGAGAAGAACGAGAGUCAGUUGACCCAGAGGAUGAGCACAGCUUGAGAGCCAAGGAGGGACAGGUUUUGGUUGAAAAAGAUGGAAAGUUUGACUUAGUAAAUCUAAAGGAGGUAGAAAGUCAAGGGUUGCUUCCUCCCUUGCCAGUGUCUCAAGUCGACAAUCAACGAGGACCCUCACGGCAAAGUCUCAUCCAUCUCAGCAAGUGUCCAGUCUCCUCACCAAGACAAAAUUCUACCUCACCUUUUCCUCCUGGCAUUGACUCUUUGUACAUUCCCAAACCUCCACCGAAGCACAGGAAUAGGCCCAGUUCUGCAAGACCAUCCCAAAGUGGAACAUGGUUCCAGGGUACCAAACGCAGGGUCCAGUCGGCAAGUGGAACACCCUCACAUACCACAUUUACAAUUAUACCACAGCAGAAAGAACUGUUGAUGAAACUUCAGCAGCGGAGAGAGAGGCAAGCUACAGAGGAAGAGCACAAGAAAAAAGAGAAAGAGGAACAAAAGCGUCAGGAGAAUGAAGUUGCCUUCCGAUCGUGGCUUAUGAGGAAGAGAGGGCAACUGCAAUACGAGAGGAGGGUCCAGAAAGCCCAGGAUAUGGAGAGAAUGAGCUCCAAGAGGGACAAUGGAGACCCAGAGGAGGCCUUUCAAAUUUGGCUCCAGAAGAAACAAGAACAGCAUCUGAAAGAGAAGCAGCUAGAAGAGAUGAAAAAACUGGAAAAGGAGAGCGGCUUUUGCAUGCACAGCCGAGAAGAGAGUGAAAAAGCUUUCAGACAGUGGUUGAGAUGUAAGCGGGCAGAGAAAAGAUUGGAACAGCAGGCAGCACGAGAGCAUUCCCGCAGGCUGGUGCUGGAAGAGCGAAGAGCCAGACGCAUAUAUGACCUCUUCAGCAUUGUCAAUGAGAUCAAACCCUUCCGAUUCAGUGAUCCCUACAGCUACCGCUACUGA